AUGUUUACCGGCGCGUUUCUUCGCCGCUUUCUCUCCACACAACAAGGAAUGCGAGCCGCUGUUUUAAGUGAAUUCGGUGGACCCGAGAAAAUAUUGAUCGAACACGCACACACCCGACCAACAGCUGUUCUCGAUUCACAGAUUCUAAUCAAAGUCGCAUGCUCUGGAGUGAAUCCAGUCGAUACAUACGUUCGCGCGGGCGUCUACCCGAUUCUUCCAAAUCUACCGUAUAUUGUUGGACGUGAUGGAUCCGGAAUUGUUGAAGAGAUUGGCAAACAUGUUCAUAAUGUGAAGAAGGGUGACCGUGUUUGGGUGACGAAUAUGGGGAAUGGAACCGCCGCCGAUUAUUGUGUUGUUGAGAAGGCAGGACUCCUCCCGGAUGGAGUGACGUUUGAGGAGGGUACUUGCAUCGGAAUUCCCUAUCUCACCGCCUACACAGCUCUCUUCCACAACGGAUCCGCUGAUGCGAGAGGGGAAAAGCGAAAAAAGCGACUCCUCGUGCAUGGAGCUUCAGGCGCUGUCGGUUUGGCGGCGAUUCAACUAGCUGCCGCUCAUCCACAAACUUUUGAUAUUGUUGUCGGCACGGCGGGCAGCGAAGACGGAGUGAAAUUCGUGCAAGAGAAUGGGGGAAAUCAUUGUGUGAAUCAUCGAAAAGAUGGAUACAUUCAAGAGCUCAAGGACAAGUUUAAAGGGUUCGAUUUGGUGCUCGAGAUGAACGCGCAUCUUAACUUGAACAAGUCGAUCGAUUUAUUAUCGAUGAAUGGCCGUGUGGUAGUGAUUGGGAGUCGAGGACAAAUCGAUUUUGACCCUCGAUCACUCAUGAAGAAAGAUGCUAGUGUUAUCGGUUGUGGCUUAUCGAAUUCACUUGAGGGCACUUUCAAAGAGUAUUCAGCGGCAAUUACACACUUUUUCGCAAACACAAAGUUUCGACCGAGAAUUGCACAAGUCUAUGAGCUUGAGGACGUCUCGAAAGCCCACGCAGCAGUGACCGCUGGCGGACCAACGAACGGACAAGUGGUAGUGAGAGUGGCGAAACUU